GGAGUAACUCCGUGCAGGCUUUCUACCGUGGGAUACGAGAGAGAGAUAGAGAGAUAUUUUCCCCAAAAAAGAGAGAGCGAGCGAGCGAGCGGAGAGAAAGCAAAAAUAGCGGGUAGCGCGGGAGUGGGAGACGACGAAGAGGAGUGAUGUGAGCUGGAUAGCGGACAACGAGAACGCCGGAGGAAGAAAGGCGUCUGUUUCUGCUUCUAUUCCAAGUAAAGGUUAUUGAAGAAGUUCGCUUGCGACGCAAUCCACCUGCGCUCUCUCGUUGUUAGAGGGAUUGAAACAAGUGGGGAAACAAAGACCAACAGUUAUCUUCUUCAGGAGCUGAGACACUUCAGAGAUUUGGAUUCGGGUUCUCUGUUGUAUGAAGCGGUGUUGUUAAUUAGUAGAUGAAGGGCGUGCCCUUUAAUCUCCAGUGGAACGGAGCGCUGCAAAUAGCAGAAUCGCAACAAAGUGGAACCGUUGUGGAAGAAAAAGGCAGCGCCUUCUGGGUUCCCGGUGGUCAUAAGAGGACGAAAGGCGGAGUCUUGGAGCCCUUGUCGUCUCUGAAUCAGACAAGGAGCCCGAGCUCUCCUUCAUCUACGUCAACCCUCACUUCCCUGGGCGGCGGAGCUGCAGGUUCCAUCGACACCGCCGGCGCGGCGGUCGUUUUCAACAACGUCGCCCUCAAAUGUCCCAACUUGAACUUUACCUCCGCCGCUGCUGCCAACUCCCUGAACGAUUGGAUGCUCUCCGACUCAACUGCUUCUCCCGGCCAAGAACAGAACUUUCUCCACUUGAUCAUGGGCGACCUCGACGACAAGGGCUUGGGGCUCAUCGAUUCUGUCGUCGGAUUUGCACCCAUUAGCUUUGCAUCUCUUGCUUCUUCCGAUGACCUCUUCCAAAUCAGCUGUGAUAGCAACAGGAACAAUCCUUCUUCCCUUCAACGACAGCCUCCCUGCGUUAAAACUCCCAAUUUUUCGCCGCUGGCACCUAGUGUAACCACACCUCCGCAGAUUUCCUUACCUCCGGCGAUGUUCUUCCAAGAAUCAAUUGUUGAAAAAUCACAGCUCUUUGGCCCAAACUUCUUCUUCCACCAAUACCAGCUAAACGAAAAUUCUCUUAACCCGGGAAUCUUUUUUCCCCUUCCAUCUUGCACUCCCUCGCAGCAGCCUGACCAAAGCUUAAACUUUACCCAGGUCCACCACUUUCCUUAUCCCCAGCAGCAGCAACAGCAAGUUGUUGUAGAUCUGCUCUUUAAAGCAGCUGAGCUCGUAGAGAGUGGGAACUUCGUUGGCGCUCAAGUGAUAUUGGCGCGGCUCAAUCACCAUCUCCCUUCCCGAAUUGGUAAACCCCUCCUUCGCUCUGCUUUCUACUUCAAGGGGGCUCUGCAAGUCCUUGUCAACUCUGUGAGUCCACAGGCAACAGCCUCGUCUCCAUUAGAUGUGGUUCUUAAGCUGAGUGCCUUCAAGGCCUUCUCCGAGGUUUCUCCAAUCCCCCAAUUUAUAUGCUUCACUGCCACUCAAGCUCUCAUUGAGGAGCUCGGUGCUGCUGACUGCAUUCACAUAAUCGACUUUGACAUUAGCUUCGGCACGCAAUGGUCCUCUUUCAUGCAGGAGUUGGCUCAGCGGCAAUCGCAGAGGAUCUUGUUGCUCAAAAUCACCGCUUUUGUGUCCCCCUCUGCCUUCCACCCUCUCGAGCUUCAUCUCAUCAAAGAAAAUCUCUGUCGUUUUGCAGCAGACCUCAACAUUCCUUUCGAAAUCAGGAUUUCAGACAUUGAAGCCUUUGAUCCGGCUGAGAUCCUUAUCCUCUCUGCUGUUUCCAAUGAGGCCAUUGCUGUAAACCUCCCGGUAGAAGCCUGGCAAGUACCCACCUUUGCAACUCUUCUGGGUCUUGUGAAGCAGUUGCUGCCCAAGAUUGUCAUUUCUGUUGAUCAUGGGUUUGAUCGGUUUGACUUGCCCUUCUCCCAUCACUUCCUCCAUGCAUUACAGUCCUGUGUGACUGUCCUUGAUUCCAUCGAUGCGGCUGGUACAAACCUUGAUGUGGUCAGCAAGAUAGAGAAGUUUGUUCUUCAACCGAAGAUUGAGAAUUGCAUAAUUCGGUGUCACCGGGCCACGGAGAAGUGCCUACCUUGGCUAACACUGUUUGAGUCAGCUGGCUUCAAGCCAGUGCAGUUCAGCAACUUCACGGAGAUGCAGGCAGAAUGCCUGUUAAAGAGGGUGCAGAUUAGUGGAUUCAGUGUGGAGAAGCGCCGGGCUUCUCUUCAUCUGCUUUGGCAAGAAGGGGAAUUAGCUUCAGUUUCAGUUUGGAGGUCCUGAGGAGCUCAUGCAUCUCUUGCAGGCAUGUCUUCUAGUGAUGUCUCCUUGUUGAAUUUUCUAUAAAUUAUUGCUAGCUACUCUUUUAAAGUGUAUUAGAUUGAAAAUUUUAUUGUGAUAAAGCUUUUGUGGAAUCCUAAGUGGAAUCAGCUUAUUAAUGAGUUAUGUAAUAUACUCAUUUAUCAUCUGUUAAAUUGUGAAAUUUUUUAGGGAAUGGGUAGUAUUGUUCUGGUUUAAAAUGUUUUUUCAAGAACCAAUUGUGGAAUUGUUGCUUCAAGUGAUGUGAUUGUACACAGUAUAAUAGUUUGUGGA